AUGGCUGAAGAUAACACUGGUUGGAUUAGACUUGGGCGUGUGUCCCAAACUGCAUCGGUACGACGUGAGAUGACCGCGACAAGGACCACAAGACCACGAGAUGCUGAUAUGGUGCACCCCGAUGUUUUCCCAAAACAAGUUGUUUCUUUAAAUGUCCAAAGUGUUGUUGUGAAUGCGGUAGAUGUUGGCAAUAAAUGUAAAAUCGAGCAAGAGUUUGAAUCUUGUGAUCAAAUGCUUCAAUGGAUUCGUAUGGAGGCCUCUAAACUUGGAUUUGUUGUGGUUAUUGGAAGGUUCGAUAAUGAUUCAGAUAGAAGAUACGCUUUUGUGACAAUGAAGUACGAAAGAAGCGGGAAAUAUAGAACUCCUCUUCGGAUUUUUAAAAGAGACGACACCGGUUCAAGAAAAUGUGAGUGUCCGUUUAAGGAAGAGAAGAAAUGUGUUGAUGACAUGACAUUGAACUUGGUUCAACCGAAAAAUAUACUUGCAACAUUGAAAUGGAAAAGACCUGAAAAUAUAUCAAAAAUCAAGAAAGUGUAUAAUAUUCGGUACCGAACAUGUGAGGAUGGAGUUAUUGUUAGAGAUAUAUUUUGGACUCAUCCUGAUUCCAUAAAGUUGUUCAACACGUUUCCUACCAUGCUCAUACUUGAUUCAACCUGCAAGAUCAACAAGUAUAGACUUCCAUUAUUGGAGAUGGUUGGUGUUACCUCAACUAAGAAGACAUAUUCCAUUGGGUUUGCAUUUCUUGAGUGCGAAAAAGAGGACAAUUUAACUUGGGCCUUAGAGGUGUGUCAAACAUUAUUGAAGGAUCAAGGUGUGAUGCCUAAAGUGAUUGCUACUGACCGCGAUAUUGCCUUGAUGAAAUCGGUUGCAAAGGUGAAGAAGAAAAUUGUUUGUGCAUGGACUGAUAAUGUUAUAAACCUUGGAAAUACAAUAACUAACAAAGUUGAGUAUGCCCAUGCUACUUUGAAAAAUUGGUUGGAAAAUAGUACAUGCAAUUUGUGUAGAGAUUGGGACUCUAUGAACCACAUGUUUCAAAACCAUCAUAAUGAGAUACAUACAUCAUUUUGUCGGAGCAUUGCAAUUUUAGAACACAGAUUUAAAGACAACAAUCUUUAUUCUCGGUUGGUUGGUAACAUUUCUCGGGCGAGUUUGAAUUAUAUUUUUCACGAGGCUAAAUGA